AUGAGUCUUCAGGUGGAGGGACUGCAGGAGGGUGAGUCUUCAGGUGGAGGGACUACAGGAGGGAACAAAGUCAAGAGUUACAGUGAAACUGAGGAAAUCAGAGUCAAGAGUAAGGAAAUCAGAGUCAAGAGUGAGGAAAUCAGAAUCGAGAGUAAGGAAAUCAGAGUCAAGAGUAAGGAAAUCAGAGUCAAGAGUGAGGAAAUCAGAGUCAAGAGUGAGGAAAUCAGAAUCGAGAGUGAGGAAAUCAGAGUCAAGAGUGAGGAAAUCAGAGUCGAGUGUGAGGAAAUCAGAGUCGAGUGUGAGGAAAUCAGAGUCGAGUGUGAGGAAAUCAGAGUCGAGUGUGAGGAAAUCAGAGUCGAGUGUGAGGAAAUCAGAGUCGAGUGUGAGGAAAUCAGAGUCGAGUGA